CACCCGACGCGAGCCCGCGGGGCGGCUGGGCGGACACUCCGAAAGACACCAGAAGCUGCUCAGCCGGCCAGCGCAACCUCCCCCGGCGGACGCCAGGCAGAACGCGAGACACCGGCCGGCGCCGUCAGUCACGCGGCGCGACGGCCUCUCAGCAGAACGUCAUCUUCCGGGGCCGCCACGAUGCGAUACGGAAGCCGACGAGCCUCGCCGCGUCGUCCCRUCACUCUGACUCUCGGGCUUCGCCCCGAAGCCGCCCGAAGGCGCGGCCACCACCAGCUGCGCUCGCUUGCCCGCCCGAGGCCCCGCCCCGCGCCCGUGGGCGCCGCCAUGUUGGGGGUCCUCGCCGGGGGCGCGUAGGCGUCCUCAUAAGAUGCCGGCCCGGGCGCGCGGCGGCCCCCAAGAUGGCGUCCAUGCGGGAGAGCGACACGGGCCUGUGGCUGCACAACAAGCUGGGCGCUACGGACGAGCUGUGGGCGCCGCCCAGCAUCGCGUCCCUGCUCACGGCCGCCGUCAUCGACAACAUCCGCCUCUGCUUCCACCGCCUCUCGUCGGCCGUGAAGCUCAAGUUGCUGCUCGGCACACUGCACCUCCCGCGCCGCACGGUGGACGAGAUGAAGGAAGCCUUGAUGGAGAUCAUCCAGCUCGCCACCUUGGACUCCGACCCCUGGGUCCUCAUGGUUGCUGACAUUCUGAAGUCCUUUCCUGACACAGGAUCCCUUAACCUUGACCUUGAGGAGCAGAACCCGAAUGUUCAAGAUAUUUUAGGAGAACUUAGAGAAAAGGUGGGCGAGUGCGAGGCAUCUGCCAUGCUGCCGCUGGAGUGCCAGUACCUGAACAAGAACGCCCUGACCACGCUCGCCGGGCCCCUCACCCCACCUGUGAAGCAUUUCCAGUUAAAGCGGAAGCCCAAGAGUGCCACGCUGCGGGCGGAGCUGCUGCAGAAGUCCACCGAGACAGCACAGCAGCUGAAGAGGAGUGCGGGGGUGCCGUUCCAUGCCAAGGGCCGGGGGCUCCUCCGCAAGAUGGACACCACAACCCCACUCAAAGGCAUCCCGAAACAGGCACCCUUCAGAAGCCCCACCACGCCCAGUGUCUUCAGCCCUGCCGGAAACCGGACCCCCAUCCCACCUUCCAGGACCCCACUACGGAAAGAGAGGGGUGUGAAGCUCCUUGACAUUUCUGAGCUGGACAUGGUCGGUGCUGGCCGAGAGGCGAAGAGGAGAAGGAAGACCCUGGACACAGAGGUGGURGAAAAGCCGGCCAAGGAGGAGACAGUGGUGGAGAACGCCACCCCUGACUACGCAGCCGGCCUGGUGUCCACACAGAAACUUGGGUCUCUGAACAGCGAGCCUGCACUGCCCUCCACAAGUUACCUGCCCUCCACACCCAGUGUGGUCCCAGCCUCCUCCUACGUCCCCAGCUCCGAGGCUCCCCCAGCACCAUCUUCCCGGGAAACCAGCCUGCAGGCCAGCCGGCCACCUGAGGAGCCCAGCACCCCGAACCCCACACUGCCGGCACAGUUUAAGCAGAGGGCACCCAUGUACAACAGCAACCUGAGCCCUGCUGCACCUACACCUGCAGCACCCACAUCACCCCUGACGCCCACCACACCCCCAGCUGUUGCCCCAGCCGCUCAGACGCCCCCAGUGGCAAUGGUGGUCCCCCAGACCCAGCCCCCUGCCCAGCAACAGCCUAAGAAGUUGUCCCUCACGAGAGAGCAGAUGUUUGCUGCCCAGGAAAUGUUCAAGACAGCCAACAAGGUCACACGGCCCGAGAAAGCCCUCAUCCUGGGCUUCAUGGCUGGUUCCAGAGAGAACCCGUGCCAGGAGCAAGGGGACGUGAUCCAGAUCAAGCUGAGCGAGCACACAGAGGACCUGCCCAAGGCUGAUGGCCAGGGCAGCACCACCAUGCUGGUGGACACUGUGUUCGAGAUGAACUACGCCACAGGCCAGUGGACACGCUUCAAGAAGUACAAGCCCAUGACCAACGUAUCCUGAGGAUCACCUGCCUCUGCUGCUGGCCCUGGCUACGUAGGGCUCUGAGGGACAAGGGCUUGGCAGAGCAGCCAGGGGUUGAUGCUGGCAGGCUGAGGCCCUGCCUGUGCCUGGCUGCCCACAGUGUUGUGGAGCCCCCAGCUUACUCAAGUUUUAGGUCUUUUCUCCGGUGUUUGGGGCUUAUUUUUUAUAUUUUAAUAUGGGUUACUUUUUUUGUGUGAUUUAAGAUACUUUUCUGGAUCCAAUAUUACAGUUUUGAAUGUUCUAGUUAACCAAAAACGUUAUAACAUCCCAAUUUUAGUGCCUGUUAGACUUUUACCUUUUUUAUUUUUUCUUAUAUUCUAAUAACUGAGUGUGAGAGCUUUUCCCUGCUAGUGCACCCUGUUCCGCAAGGUUGAGGGACCAAAGGUGGUACCUGGCAAUGCUGCAGGGUGGCGGCACUGCCCGGGCAAUGCCAGAGGAGGCAGUGGGCCUCGCCUCCUGUCAGCAUCUGCCCGGGAGUUUUGUAUGUCUUUUGUAUAGCUGUGGAUACUUAACGACAAGUCUUGGGGUCCCUAUUUUCAUUGUAAGACUUUGAGUGAUUAAAGUCCAGCUUUUCUAAAGGAGGCCCACAGAGCUCUGUUUCAGGCCUGAUCUCCCUGCUCCGGGGACCUGCUCC